CCAUCACCUCAUUCCCUUCUUAGUUCCUGCAUUGCUACCUUGAUAUCUACAGAGAUAGGCGGUCGCAAAAUGUACGGCCUCGUGUUUGCCAUUGGAGCACUCACGUUUGGUGUGCUCCUCACUCUCAGCAUAUGGACUCUCGAUUAUUUCCGCGACCCCAGGGGUCUACGCAGGUACCCUGCCAUGACCUGGAUCUCCGGCAUCACGAACGCUCCAUACCUUCUCCUCAGCUACAGAGGCUUCCGAUCCAAACACAUGCUCGAGCUGCAUCGCAAGACUGGCCACAAGAUCAUUCGUACAGGUCCCACAAGUCUACACUUCAGCGAUCCUCGUGCAAUCAAAGACAUCUACGGCCACAGUUCGAAGUGCACUAAGGACGACCAGUAUGCCGUGCAAGCAGGGUCACACAUGCAUCUGGCCGAUGUUGUGGACAAGCCUGAACACGCUAGGAAACGAAAAGUGUUAUCUUCAGCCUACGCACUGAAGAACCUCGAAGGCUGGGAAUUCAAAGUCGCCGACAAAGUCGAAAGGCUGAUUGCUCAAUUCGACAAGCGUGCCGAUACAGACGAAGUCAUAGACUAUCGGCCCUGGAACAAUUACUUUACCAUUGAUGCGAUUGCUGAUAUUGGUCUGACACACCGAAUGAACUUGCUCGACAACGGUAACGGGAGGACGAUGUCGAUGGCUCCAAAUGGAACAACUUACGAAGUUGACUUCCGCGAAUGCCUUUACGCCAACAGUCGAGCCACAUCGGUGUUCUGCUACUCUUACGACUGGUACAAGCGUCUGACAAAGCUCAGCAAGUUAUCGCCCUACUUCAAUCGCCUAUGGAAGCUGAACGACGAUUGGGAUGGCAUUCCGAGGUAUCUUGCUGCGCAGCGCCUCCAGCGAUAUCAAGCAGGUGAGAAAGGAGACGAUUUCUUCCAGGCCUUGAUGGAAGACCGCAAUGGCGAUCCACAUAACCUGGAGUGGGGUGAGAUCGUCGCUGAAGUCACGAUCAUGAUGAACGCUGGAAGCACCACAACAGCCAUCUCCAUGGCCAAUGUCAUGUACCAACUCCUCAAGAACCCUUCCAAACUGGCCAAGCUUCGACAGGAGAUAGACGAAACACUUGAUGACGAUGAAGAAGUUGCUCCCUACGAAAAAGUGAAAUACUUGCCAUACCUCCGUGCCUGCCUCGACGAAUCGCUCCGUCUCUUCCCGCCAAUUUCUCAUGGCCUCACACGUGAAGUACCACCGGAUGGGCAAGCAAUUGCAGGCGAAUACAUCGCCGGCGGUACCACAGUAAAUGUCAGCGCCUUCAUCGCACAUCGUGAUGAGACCAUCUUUCCAGAUCCCGAGACUUUCAAUCCUGAGCGAUGGCUUGGCGAAGCUGGCAAAGAACUUGGACCAUAUUUUAUCGCCUUUUCCGCGGGAGCAAGAGGCUGCAUUGGGAGAAACAUUGCAUAUCUAGAGCAAACGGUACUAUUGGCAAGUAUGCUCCAUCGGUAUGAGUUUGAGUUGGCGGAUCCGAAGUUUGAGGUUGGGAGGUAUGAGUGGCAAAAUCUACAUUUGACGGAGUUGCCUGUUCGCAUACGGAGACGGAAUAAGGCGCAUAUUGAGGUGGUUCCAUGAUCAGCUUGUUGUUGAGCUUUGUUGUAGCAUUUGUUGGCGAUUGAGAGAAUUAUAUGUUUAAAGCGCAGCUAGAUGUGAGAGA